GGGUUAUUAGCACGCAGCAGCUGGAGAUUAAAUGGGAGGCCUUCAUGGUGUUUAUUUCUUACACGCUGAACAGACAAAACUCCGAGCAGUUCACAGCAGGUGGGAGGGGUGUCGUGCAAAUUAAUAGGAAACCAAUGAGAUACUACAGCACAGCCCACAAUCCAGUCUUUAAGGCACUUGCUAAAGCUUGUGGCAUUUACCCUUCUGCCAAAAUCGAACUCCCUUAACCUGCCCUAGGACAAGCCAUACACAGAGCGGAGCGUUUGCCGUUCCAGGCACAGCUUGUUCCUAUUUUUGCACGGCCUUUCUCAUUGGCUCCUCUUUGCUUUCCUGUCCAGUAUGGGCAACACUGCUUGUUUCUCCUCCCCUUCCUCGCGAUCCUCCCCAAAGCAGCGGGAACUGAGCCAAGCGGAGUAGGGCUAUGUGGGCAGAAGCCUCUGCUUUGGACGGCCACCCUUUCAGGUCGGGAACAGAAAGAACGACCUGCUAAGAGCGUCUUCCUCCAACCGGAUUGCACUACAUAGAAAUAUCACCCUGCAGCGAUGGAUCCAGCAAGGAUGGCUGGUGGGACUGUGAUCUUCAUUCCCCCAGUUGGCACUGGCACAAACCUGGCAGGCCAGGGGACCCCUGGAAGCACUAUUCAGCCACCCGUUACUGUGCAAUACCCACUGUAUGGAUGCCCCAGUAACCCACCACAGCAGACCCCUCAAGUGGGGGCAUUCACGAAGCUCCUCAAUGUCGAGACCAAGACGCUGGGGGCCGUCCAGAUCAUGAUUGGGGUGACACACAUUUGCCUUGGGGUUCUCAUCAGCAUUGCCCAUGGAAAGCAAAAUCAGACUAUGGCCUACAUGGGCAGUUACCCAAUUUGUGGUGGACUACUUUUCAUUAUUUCAGGAUCCCUGGCAGUUCAUGCCAUCACCCAUCCAAGCCCUUCCUUGGUGAGAUGCAAUGCAGGAAUGAACAUCACCUGUGCUGUAGUGGCAUUAGUUGGCAUCAGUCUAUUCAUUGUAGAGCUACAUGUAAACAGACAGGAAUUCAUUUACGAAAAGUAUGGAACUACUGGUGUUUCUGUCAUAUUCAUCUUUCUCAGUGCACUGGAGUUCUGCAUCACUGUUACAACAGCACAUUUUGCAUGCCGGGUGGGCUGCUGUGAAAACGAGAUGGCUGUAACUGUUACGCCAUACACUGUCCUUAGAAGUACUACAGAUUCUACAGAAGGCAAUCCUGUACUCUAAGCUAUGUCCAUAAGGCUUCUGCUUUCUAUUCACAAGAUCAGAAGCAAACCGAAGAGAGAACUUACAGGUGAUAUUAUAUCUGCAAUCACAGCGAGCUCAGAAAUAAAGUAGCACCGAUCACCUACAAUGCUUGCACACUAUUCAUCAGUAGGAGUGGCCAUGGAUCACCCUCUUCUCCAUGAACUUCUCCAGUCUCCUUUUAAAGCCUCCCAAAUUGAUGGGCAUCACUAUAUCUUGUGAAUUCUGCUCUGAAAUUGCCACAGAAGUGGUGAUAUUGCACAUGAAAGUGGAUGACCCCACCACUUUAGAUUCAUUUUGUCUCAAGAUCCCUUCUGACUCCAUGUUCUUCUGAGGUACGGUUCUCUUGAGCCAUCUGCAACAUCUCUUUCAGAUUUACCAAGGCAAACUGAUAGGAAUAGGACUAGAGGAGAAAUCAUUAUAUGAACCAACUUCCACCAUAACUCGGAAGGAAGUGCAGAGGGUGACAAUAAGGGAAAGGCCCUUCUCUGUCUAUGGACACCAUAUGGACUCCCCACUGCAGUCCAUUUGGUGCUGAAUUUGUCAUCUUUUUGGUACCAGGAUAAGAUGGCCCUGUUUUCCGAGGUCUUUAAAGACUUUCUUGCCUCCCAGGGGCUUGAAGGGGAUUACUCAUCCCAGAUGAUUUACAGAGAAAUUCCUCACUAUUGUUUGUUUUAGCUGUUUUAAACUUUUAAAUCUUUUUUCCUUAUUUUGAUAUUUUAUUACAUUUUAUUGUCUCUUUUAUGGAUCGAUGUAAACUGCCCAGAGAACUUUGGCUGGACUGGUACAGAUAUGAAAUAAAUAAUAAGCAAUACCAAUAUCUAACCAAAAAAUGCAUACAGACAUAUAUACAUUCAGGAAAAUAAAUAUCUUACAUUAGAAAAACUGCUUCUACAAUGUGUGUAUCUUAAGCAGAAUUUAAUUUUUAAAACCUGUGAAUUAGGAGAAAUAUGCACACAUAUGCUUAUGAAUUUCCAUGCAUACCUAAACACCCUUUUUUUAAAGUUUGGGAUGAAGCAAAAUUAAAACUGGAAACAUUCUCAAAGUUAGGGAUGGAUCUGACGCUGUUCUGCUAAAUGCAGAGUACAGCCAGUCCAGAAGAGCUAGCCUAGAAACCAGCAGAUACACCAAAAUAUACAGGAGCCAGGAAUGUGCACCUUUAGAAGAGUGAGUCCAGGCAGUAGGAAGUUUUCAUAGGGUGCCAGCUGUAGGUACAGGCAACCCCUAAGCUUUUGAAUGAAGGGCUGUUUCAUUAAGGAAGCAAGUGCAGGAUGAAUUGAAAAGCUAGUUCCUGAAAGGAUGUGGCGCCUGAGUGUUAAAGAGACAUGACAAGAUUCGUCAGCAGCGAGCCAGGAGCAUCCAUAUGGUGGUGCUUCAGCAUUUGGGAGAGGAACAGGGUUGACCCAAGGUAUUUGUGUCUCCUCUCCCAAGCUUAGGGGUGCCAAGCUGUUUGGGUAGAUGUGGCAGAAAAUCUCACAAGUGCCUCUCCCCCUCACUGCUACGCAUCCUGAAUGCAAAAUCCUCUGCUUUGAUCCUUGUUGGGAAAAUUUGGAUAAAUCCUGUCUGAAA